AUGUUUGGCAUAGUUCUACGAAAUGCUCUUGAAUGUGUUAUUAAACUUGAACAAGCUGAAAUUCGUGAUCUUUUCACAACAACUAUUAAACAGCUCAAUUCAACUGAAGGCUUUGACAAUCGAACACAUAAACUCAUAACCAAUAUUCUACAAUCGUCUGACAAAUUUGCUAUUUUUGAAAAGACCAAACACCAAUUGAAUGCUAAUGUUCGUCAAUUGCUUGGUCCAGUUAUUGAACGUGAAAGCCAAUUUAAGAAUGAUAUUGAUCAUUUAACUAACAAUCAUCAAGCGAUUGAAGAUUAUCGUCGAGUUUUCGAUGCUCUUAAUAUUACCUUUGGUACGGCUUCAACACAGCGAGCUGAUUUACAAAGAAUCAUUGAAUAG